UCAGUUUAUAUUAGCGGCGUUUACGUGGAUCUCGAGCUGUGUGCUGUUGAUGAACUACCUUUAAUGAAUCGGGUGACAGGGAUAUUUUAAGCUUUUUUUGCAUCCCUUAUCAAUAAGCAGCGGGUGUAGAUCAGUCGUGUGUCAAUAAUUAACUGCCUAAAACGAACUGAGUGAUAGGGAUAUUUUAGGGCUUUUUCGCAUAGGUUAAAUUAAAUAACUGUCCGACUUUGGUAAGCAGACGACAGUAGCGGAGUGACGUCACAGUAUCAUCCUAGCUCCGCAGGCGUCUCUGAUCUCUGUUACUGCUAUACGUGCUUUUUGUAAUGAACUUCGGCUGUUACUCUAGAAGAGAAACUUUCAGUCUCUGCACGAUCUUAAGAACUUGAACAAUCAGCAAAAGUGCAUGAAGAAAUCCUACAGGAUGGUAAGUAUAGCAAGAAGUCUGUCCAGCACAAUUCGCCUAAAUGAUGGGGUGGAAAUGCCUAUGUUUGGUCUGGGUACAUGGCAGGCUAAAUCAGGUCCCAAUGGACCAGCAGAGAGAGCUGUGAUUCAUGCUCUUCAGAAUAACUACAAAAUGAUAGACACUGCAACACUUUAUGGAAAUCAGGCAGAAGUUGGAGUAGGGAUUAAGAAGUCAGGAGUCAAAAGAGAGGAUGUCUUUCUUGUAACCAAACUGUGGACCAAUGGCUAUGAGUCAUGUAAAGAUGAAUUCAACACAAGCCUAAAAGAGUUAGACUCAGGAUACAUUGACCUGUACCUCAUCCAUUCACCAUCAGAUGGAUAUGUGUUGGAGUCAUAUAAAGCUAUGAUGGAGUUCCAGCAGAAAGGUCUAGUCAGGUCCAUCGGAGUUUCCAAUUUUGGCAUUCACCAUUUAGAGGAGAUGAAGAAGGCUGGAGUUCCUACCCCUGCUGUCAAUCAAAUAGAGCUGCAUCCCUGGAUGAAGAGAUAUGAGUUGGUGAAAUACUGCCGAGAUAAUGGAAUAGCAGUCAUGGGAUACUCACCACUAGUGAAAGCUGAAAGGAUGAAAGACCAUACCCUUGUCAGUGUGGCAAAAACAAUAGGCAAAACAGUAGGCCAGACACUAAUUCGUUACAGUGUCCAAAUGGGGUAUAUUACCAUUCCGAAAACAGUGAAGCCAGCUCGCAUCAUUGAAAAUGCAGAUGUCUUUGAAUGGUCCAUACCAGAGCAGAAAUGACAAAACUGAAUUCUUUCCCCGAAAACUCUUGUACAUGGAAUCCAGCUGAGAGCCUUUGGAAGGGAUAAAGGACAGAAGUCAAGUUUUAAUGUUCAUUGCAGCUUUAUCAUGAUCCACACUAUUAAUAUUAUUCAGCAUUAUAGACUGCACGUUGAGCCAUUUGUCCUCAAAAUGAUGAGUUGUUUGAAUAUACAUGACUGCUUUGUGUUGGCAUAUUUCGCUGUAGAUUUUUUUUUUUUAAUGAUGAGGUUAUUAUUGCUUGCCAGAAAGUGUGCCAAAGAUUAAACAAGAAAUUUUGAAUUUUUGAAAACA